CGACUGGUGGCUGGCCGACAUGUACCUGGGCAACCCGCUGCCGCUGCCGGUCAACUCGAACCCCGGCAUGGUGUUCCCGCCGCGCAGCUUCCGCUCGGCGCACGACCAGGCGCAGUUCGCGGCGCGCUUCCUGCGCUGCCUGCUUGACCACAAGGACGUGCUCGACUGCAAGGCGCUGCCCGUGGAGCGCGCGACGAGCCGCGAGAAGGGCCAGCCGCUGUGCAUGGCGCAGUUCUACCGCCUGCUGGGCCACUGCCGCACGCCGGGCCGCGAGCUGUGCGCCCAGCUGAUGCACGUGCUGCGCGAGGCGCCCAGCCUGCCGCCGGCGCCGCCGCUGGGGCUGCUGACGGCGCAGCGCCGCGACGUCUGGGCGGCGCACCGACAGCUGCUGCUGCAAGACGAGCAGAACCGCGCCAGCCUGGAGCAGCUGGAGUCGAGCCUGGUGCUGGUGUGCCUGGACGAGCCGCUGCCCGCCAGCUUCAACAGCCGCACCCUGCGCGAGAGCCGGCCGGAGGUCGCCAGGGGCCACCAGGUGGCGGGCCGCGACGAGACCAACAUGGCGCACCAGAUGCUGCACGGCGGCGGCUCCGCCCUCAACGGCGCCAACCGCUGGUUCGACAAGACGGUGCAGGUGGUGGUGUCGAGCGACGGCGUGUGCGGGCUGUGCUACGAGCACUCGCCGGCGGAGGGCGUGGCGGUGGUGCAGCUGAUGGAGCAGGCGCUGGCGGGCUGCGCGGACCUGCCGCCCGCGCCCUCCGAGCCGCCGUGCGCGCCGCCCCACCUGCCGCCCCCGCGCCGCCUGCUGUGGCGCCCCGACGCCGCCCUCAGGGAGGCGCUCCAGCGCGCCGCGCAGCACCUCGACGGCUUGAUGGAGGACUUAGACUUCUACGUCUAUCGCUAUGCAGGCUACGGGAAAGAAUUCAUUAAGUCGAGCAAAGUCAGCCCUGAUGCCUAUAUUCAGCUAGCGUUGCAACUAGCGUACUUCAAGCUCAACCGUCGGCUCGUGGCAACUUACGAGAGCGCGUCUACGAGGCGGUUCCGGCUGGGGCGAGUGGACUGCAUCCGGUCUGCCACUCCGGAGGCCCUGCAGUGGGUGACGGCGAUGUGCCAGGAUGAGGACGAUGGGACACAGCCUUCUGGAAAACGGGUAACAUUCAGCCUCUAUGAUGAAAAAAAGAAGCUUGAGCUGUUUGAUGCUGCAAUCAAAAAACAAACGGAGAUAAUGGUUGAUAACAUUUUAGGUCAGGGUAUUGAUAUCCAUUUGCUUGGUCUCAGAGAAAUGGCUAAAGAGCUUGGGGAACCAUUGCCAGAAAUUUUCUCUGAUGAAUCAUACAAAAUUGCCAAUCAUUUCUCACUGUCUACUAGUCAGGUUGCAACAGCAACUGACAGCUUCAUGGGUUAUGGACCAGUUGUUCCUGAUGGGUAUGGUGCAUCAUAUAACCCACGAUCAGAUACUAUCACUUUCUGUCUUUCAGCAUUUCACUCAUGCCAGACUACGAGUACAUGGAAGUUUGCUCACAGCCUUGAAGAGAGUCUUAACAGAAUGCAACAACUGGUUGGCAACAGACAAUAGAACCAACAUUUGUUGUUUACAAAGAAUAAAUUCUGUUGAAGCCAAUAUUAAGCUAGUAAGGAUGCUAUUAGAAACUCACUCAGUAUUACUGGAACCAAAUACCUCUUCAUUUCUCUUAUUACUAUGAUCACACUGCAACACAUUUCCUCAUAGGAAAUACUAAAAUAAUCUCUAAAAAUUGAAAUUAUGCAAUAUUUCCCAACUAGGAAAACACAUCAAUAACAAUAAAUAUGCAGUAGGUUCCGAAAACAACAUGUUUAGUUUAUCAUUGGCAAUCAAAAAAGAAGGUAAAUUUACUAUUCUACUUUCAGAAGUUUAUUAGAUACAUAAGAGGAAAUUGGUUUUACAAUGUUACUGUAGUCACUAGACACAACAUAAUAUGUAGCUAAGAGGAGUACCAGCAUAUACAGUUCCAGCAGAUAUUUAGAGAUCUUCUGCACAAUACUAAUAGAAGGCACUUAUUUCAUUAAUUAGAUUUCUUUUGCAUUUUGUCUCUACACCAGUCUUCAGUUGUUCUGGCCACUGUAGUUAUCUGGUUACAGCAUAUUCAGUUCAGUCAUUAGUGUCAGAACAUAGAUAAAUAAUAAGUCUAAAAUUUAAAGAACAUCAUUUCCACAGUGCUGUUAGUUUAAAACAGUACAGUACCAAGCAGUAGUAGCUAAUUUCAAGUAUGUGCUCAUUAUCAAGUGCAAAUGUCAUCCUCAUUUGCAUAGUCAACAAUGGACAUGAUCUUAGAAUAGGUAUCUUCCACCUAAAUACACACACACACACACACACACACACAGUAAUUGUUAAUUAAAUAUUUAUUUCCACACAGUAUAGAAUAAACUGCUGGUACUCUUUCAUUAUUAUAGUAUUUUCUAAUUUAUAAGAGAUCAUUUCUUUCCCUAGUACCAGGUUUCUGGGACACAGUCCAACAAUGUGAACUUCUGGCAAUAUUGCCUGUGCUUGCUGAAAAAUUAUUUAUCCGCAAUAGUUUUCUUUGCAUGACAAAGGUACACUGUCAGAAGAAGUGCUGCGAAUAUUUUUAAAAAAUUACUUUUAGCAAGUACACAAUAUUGCUGUCGUUAAUACACCUCUCCUAUUGUAUACCAAUUGAUUGUUACAAAUAAUGAUUAAAUUACAGUGUUCCUCUCUUACGCAAAUGUAAUUAUUAUUUACACACUGCAGUUUUCAUCGUAGUAUUAAGAAAGAUGAGUUACUACUACAUUUUACAUUCUCGGUGCUACAUGUCCAACAUUUGCAAAGUUUUCUAUGAUAUGACAACAGUUUGUCUGGAAAAAUAAAUAUGUCUAUUUUAACACACCUUUCCCAUGAUUGUUAGUGAACCAGUAGCUGUGAUACAGUUCUCUUAGUUGGAAGCUGACAGUUUAAACAAUGUUAUUCUAAAAUUUAACACUUUCCAGUGGCAAGAAAAUGUUUCCAGACUCAAAUAUAAAAUAUAAACAUAAAAUUUAAAGUAACAAACACUCAUUGUAGUUUGUUCAUUUAGAAUCAAUCUGUUAUGCCACGAGAAGGCAAAUGGUGAAUUCUUCACCUUCAGAUUUUGCUGUCAUCUGAAACUUUCUAACUUAUCUGCUGACUACAAUGAUAGCUCACCAAUUGGCACCGUCAGUGUUGUUAUAGGUAGUAUUAUGUAAAAUGGUUGUGCAGUAACUAUUUUUGAGAACAAUGGUUUUUAGAGUGCCUUUACUUUCUUGAACUAGAGAUUUCUUCAAUUGUGCCAUGCUGGUGAUCGCUAUGCACAUUAACAAAUUCUCAAACAUAUCAUUAAAUAUAUUAUGCUUAAAAUUUAUGUUAGAAAUUUCAUUUUAUAGAAAAUUUACAAGGUAAAAUUUGUACCCUAUAGACUUACCAGAUUCAUUGGCUGCAAAUCAAUAUGAUGUAGUAUAUGACAUAGACACCUAUGAACACUGCUAUGAAUAGCGACUGUUAAUUGUGAAUUAUAAUCAAAUAUAAAUGUUUGAUAUUUGUUUAGUUUAUAGUGAUCUUUAAUACUGUUGUUCUUUGACAAAAAUUUAUUCUGUUUUAAAAAAAUAAAAAUUUUAUUCAUAGUUAGCCAUGGAUGUGAAAUAGCUUUUAUUCUACACUGUUAAAUAUGUGUAUGCCACAUAAGACCACAAUUAGUCAUUAUUAAAUGUAUAGCACAUUAGUACAAGUAAAAGAUAGUGAGAGAGUAGCAAUGUAAUGAGGCUACAGCAUAUAAAACAGCUGUUGACAACUAACCUGCUCUGUUUUUAUGCUAAGUCCUACACAUAAUUUUCUGUUACAGUAGUGUAUAGUGGAGAAGUGCCACAUUGCAGCAAAAAGAAUCUACUUUUUCUGGACACCAGGUGUUACCCAAAUCUGAAACUUCAAAUAGGAAUAUGUUCCUAUCCUGCGAUUUAGUCAUGAUGUUUUUGGCUAAGCUCAUUAUAAUAUUUUACAAACAUGUCUGAAACACUUGAAACUGCUUUUAAUGAAAUUACCACACACAUGUAGUGAUACUUAUGAGGAAAUAAGAGUUCAUAAUAGCCAUUUUUUGAAACUUGCUAUGUUUACCAAGAAAAGCUUUCUCCUUCAUAUUAUAAGGACUCUCCAGGAAUACACCUAUUUUAGUUUAUGUGUCUUGACUAAAUCAUGCUAACAUAUAAGCUUCAAUACACUAAAAACUAUAUUUUCAAAAUUACACAUGACAAACAAAUAUCAGACUUGAAAUUGCAACAAAGAUAAGAGCACUAUUAAAGAGUCAACAUCAAGCUUCUUUGGGGAAAAAGAGAACAGGUAGCAAACUUGAAUUAUUUUAAGAAUUGUAAUAAAUUUUGGAAGGUGGGUUAGGUGCUCAAGAGGAAUUAAACAACAGUCAUUAAAACAGCAACUCAGAUUCUCCCAGCAUAUCUCAAUGGUAAUUUGAGACUUCCCUGUUACUUUUGUAUGUAUACAUAGUUCAUGCUUUUAAUAAAAUGAAAUUUUAAAAUAGUUAACUGUUUUUUGUCAUCUUUUGAUACAUUUUUCACUCAUUCCUUUUUUUUUUCUUUUAUUCCCAAUGAACCCUUAUAAUGGCAAAGAAUUUUUUCAUCGUCAUCUCAUAUCUCAGCUAUCACCAAUUUUCGUGUUGCAAAAAUAGCACAACCUUAUAACAUUUAUUAAGCAUCUUUACAUAGUUUGUUUAUUUCAGAAAGUGCAAGAUAUUUCAAACCUUAGCAAUUCAAGUUCCCAUGUGCACAUAACUUCUGAACCCAAUGUUUAGCAUUGCUAUGAACUUUCGUUUAUUUGUCACAUAAAUCUUAUGAACUGAAAUGCUGCCAAUACUUUAAAAAAAUAUUUUUAUGUGGUACCCUGAGUUGGAAUAAAAAUAAAAGGGUCAAUAAUAAUACCGUACAUAAAAUAAAUACUAUGACUGAUAUUAGAUAGCUGUACCUAUUGUGUUUACUAUGUGCAAGAAGUUUCAUACAGACACAUCUGUGAAACUUUGUUACAUUAUAUGCUUAUGAAAGAAUUAACAGUACAAUACAACAUAUUACAAACUACCAGUUACAUUUGUUUCACCAUAGUCAUAGUAUUUUGGGAACUACGGCAGAAUAACAUGGUGUUUAAAGUAAGCACACUAGUUAUGUCAGCAAGUCCUGUGUGAGCAAUAAAGUAUAACAACAAUUGUCAGACAGAAUCAUAACACAUUUUUGGCGACAAAGGACUCCUAUUUACUAAAAAUGAAUCAUAUCACUACUUUUUCUUAAUUCUUACUUCUGAAACAAUACUUUACAAAGUUAUUGUUUUACACUGCAGAUGAAUAUUAAUUGCUAUUGAGGGUGGACCCCUUUGCACCUUUUACUCAUGACUGUGAUCACUCAAAGACUUUUUUUUAAAGUGAAACGGUUGCUUUUUGCUGUGGCAAUUAUGAUUUAAAUUCAGUUUAUUGCCUCUCAAAACACCACACUUUUUAGAGACUUAAAUCUUACAUUUGUCUUUCAGAUCAUUUAGUUGUAAUAACCUGACAAGGAGGUUAAUUCAUUUCUUUACUAUUAGUGCGCAUGAGAAAUAGUAUGCAGUGCAACAAUAAGAAAAUUUUACUAGUAGUAUUUAGUUCUUGUUCAAAUAAACUGUUUAAUUUGCUAUUAGAAGGACCCAGGAUAGCAACAAUAUUUGCUUUUACAUUAAAAAUGUCAUUAGAAAAUAUUCAUCAUGUCAUCACUCCUCAAUAUCUCUUCUUUAAUAAAUGAAACGAAUAAUGGUAGUGUCAAACCAAGUGUGCAAGAAAUGUUUUCUUAUUUUCAGAUUUUUCUAGUGUUUGUUGUCUAACAAAAGAGAAAUCCAAGCUCACAGUAAAAUUCUGAUGUUCAUACCAUUUCUUUAACUUUACAAUAACUGUAGUGUGAGCUAAUGCUAUGCACAGUUCAUAGAUCUCUGACAGUUAUAACAACUUAUUCUCUGUAUACAGCUAAUAUCUUCCAUGAAAAUAAAUUGUAAUCCAUAGAGUCAUCGCUGGGCAUACUGCUGUUAUGUAAGCUACACCUUGCACAUUGUCAUUUUCGCUCAACAUUAUGUUUAAGAGUUUGCAGAAGAAUGGUCUGUCAUGUUGUUAUGCUUUAUUUCACACACUCAUAUACCUCUCUUUGUUUGCUUGUUCUUGUUUCUGUUACUAUUAAUUGGAAUUUAGUUCUUUGAACAUUACCAUGACUGUGUUUAAAAUAAUAUCAUUAACAAGAUGUCAGUGUUAUAUAUUGUCUGUUUCCUUUUCAUUAUUGUUUGAGGCCAAAGCCCACACUAUACACUAUUCACUAUUCACUAUUCACUAAUUAUUUGGGGAUAUAUAUAUCAUAAAAUAUGAGAGAAUCAUAGUGAUCUUCACAAUAGUCAAACAUUUGACUUGAGAUUGAUACAGAAAGGAACUGUUCACUGUCUUAAUGUUUUCAAAAGAGCAGGUCUCUUCCUGUUAAUAUAGGCAUCUUGAAUAUUAUGUGCAUUGUUGCUGAAAAUAUUAAACUUCCUUUGUAGCAUAUCAAAUAUGUAUUUUACAAAAUGAAAAAAGCAUAUGUUAUAUGUUUUUCUUAAUGUUUAUUA